AUGACAAGUCUCGCGGCCAAGACGCCGCGUCUAGUGGUGCCUGGACUCCAGAACCUCGGCAACACGUGCUUCUUCAAUGCGAUUCUACAGGCGCUCGCCUCGCUGUCUAGCGUACACGAGUACCUCGAUCAGAUUGAGCAGCGUGCGCGGAUCACGGAGCGCACAAUCACAUUCACUUGUGCCUUGCGCGACUGUCUCGAUGCGCUCACCCCUAGGGAGGAAAAUGACCAAUCACGUCGAGUCGUUGUCGCGCCACGGAUUUUGAACGCCGAGCUGACGAGCAGAUUAAGCGCUUUUCAGGGCAACAAACAGCAAGACUCGCAAGAGCUGCUUCAGUUUCUAUUCAAGUUGGUGGGCAAUGAGCAGCACCGUUGCUCGGUACAAGACCGUGGAUUGGCUGACUUGGCCGUGACCAAUGCAACGCGGAGCUCGAUUAGCGAUCUCCGUUUAUUGCAAGCUGUCGAUGGACGAAACUGGAACCCGUUGCAGGGCCUUCAAGUGAAUUUGCUGCAGUGUGUCUGCUGCUCUCGCUUCCGGCCUCUCAAGAACCAGCCAUUUAUCGAUGUGUCUCUGUCGCUGGUGGCCCUAGACGAACGAAAGCUCUCGCAUCUCACCGAUGCACUACAAUUGUACACUGAACCAGAAGCUAUCGAUGGAGUGGAGUGUAGCUAUUGCAGCGUGGUGGAACAGCUAAAAGAUACAGAAGAGAAAUAUGCGCGGGAGGAGACGCAUAUGGCACUUGAUCGAGAAAGUGUCAGUAACGAGUCAGAGAUCGCGCAGCACGAGCGGAAAGACUGGAUUUACACACUAAAGCAGCUGGCUGACUCAUCAUCUAGCAUUGAUCUAGAACAGCUUGAGCAGUUUGUUCCGCGCAAGUGUGGUGAAAGCCACAAGCGAUUGCAAUUCUCGCGCAGUCCGGACGUGUUCUGCUUUCAUCUCAAUCGAAAGGUUUACAGGAAGACUGGUGGAGCAGUUAAGCUCGAAACCUACGUGGAGUUUCCUUUGGAGCUUGACAUGAGUGUCUAUUGUCAGUAUGAGUUGGAUUGUGACGGUGGCGUUAAGCAAAAAGUGGUCAGUGGCGCCUCACGAUCGACAGCUCGACGGUCUGGAGUUUCCUCGCUAACCCGUAGCGAGGCCAGUAAGCAACAACAUUUGUUGUACGAUUUGGCAGCGGUCAUUUUACACCAUGGUAAUGAACGGAGCGGCCAUUUCACAGCGUACCGCCGCGCCGGUCCAUCGCAGUGGUUUUUUGUCUCCGAUGAGACGGUACGUGAGGUUUCUGUCACCGAUGUGUUAAGCAGCUGUGCGUACAUGCUCUUUUACGAGCGCAAAUUCCGGACCAAGAGGAUAACACGCAGUUCUGAAACUGAAGAAACCACCGAUGACGACGACAGUUUGCCGGAUGUACCCUUCGAACCUCACCUGCUACUGUCGAAUGGCCGCUAUUGA